UAUUAAAUAACCGACUAAUUAAUAGGGUACAACUAUUUUCUGCCAUUGGCCAAGACAAUCCUUUCUCCUUUGUUUUUAUGGUUCUUUCUUUUCUUUGCUUAAAAAAGGCGAUUUUACCAAGAUGUAGAGAGUUUUCUCUCUAGAUCAUAGGUUUUUCUCCCAUUUUUGAAAGGCUUUUAGACCAAAAAAAAAAAAUCUUAAGCUGCAGUCUUCUGCAAGGAUAUGGAUCAAACACAGACAGCUUUAACAAGAGUUGUUUAUCUCUUCACCCAUCCCUUCUUACUUCUUGUACUCUUUAUCUUUAUCAUCAUCAAGCACUUCAACUCUCCAUCUUCGAAAAGGCAGCCUCUUCCUCCAGGUCCCAAAGCAUGGCCUAUCGUAGGCAACCUUCUCCAUAUUGGAAAAAUGCCACAUAUCUCCAUGACCCAAUAUGCCAAAGCUCAUGGCCCUCUAAUUUCACUGAGGCUUGGUACCCGAGUCCUCAUUGUUGGAUCUUCUCCGAUGGCAGCUGUAGAAAUUCUCAAGACAAAUGAUCGUUUGCUAUCUGCUAGAUGUGUGCCGAAAGCAAGUCCCUAUCAAAGCCAAGUACUUGAACGAAUAGCGCUUGUUUGGGCCCCGCAAUGCACCGACGGAUGGAAAUCCUUGCGAGCCUUAUGCAGGACUGAGCUGUUUUCAGCCAAAGCAUUGGAGUCGCAAGCCAGUUUGAGAGAGAAGAAAGUUGCCCAGAUGGUAAAAUUUUUGGAAACCAGACAAGGAAAACUUAUUAAUGUUGGAGAAGUAGUGUUCACUACCGUUUUUAACACGCUAUCCAGUCUCUUUUUCUCAAAAGACUUCAUUGGUUUGGAAGAUAAAGGAGUGGCCAGUGGAUUGAAAAAUCUUAUCUGGAAGAUUAUGGAAUUGGCCAUUACUCCAAAUAUAGCUGAUUUUUAUCCUAUACUUGCCGGGUUGGAUCCUCAAGGACUAAGAAGGAAGAGCUUAAAAUGUGGUCAAGAAAUGGUUGCCCUUUGGGAAAUGUACGUAAAGGAAAGAAGGCAAAAGCAUGGCCAAGAUACUCCAAGAAACGAUUUCUUGGAUGUAUUUCUUGCAAAUGGAUUUCAGGACGAUCAAAUCAAUUGGUUGACUCUUGAAUUGUUCAGUGCAGGCACAGACACUACUACGACGACAAUAGAGUGGGCAGUGGCUGAGCUUAUCAAGAACAAACAAGUCAUGAGCAAAGUUCGUGAAGAGCUAGACAGAGAAAUCAACAAAGACUGGAUAGAUGAAUCUCAGGUUUCUCAACUUCCUUAUUUAAAUGCAUGCAUAAAGGAAACUCUGAGAUUACACCCUCCUGUUCCAUUCUUAAUUCCACGUCGUGCUGUUGAGAAUUGUGAAGUUAUGAAUUACACCAUUCCAAAAGAUUCUCAGAUAUUAGUCAAUGUUUGGGCUAUUGGGCGUGAUUCCUCUGCUUGGGAAGAUCCUUUGUUAUUUAAACCUGAAAGGUUUCUUGGCUCAAGUUUGGACUUAAAGGGUCGUGACUUUGAGUUCCUACCUUUCGGUUCAGGAAGGAGGAUUUGCCCCGGACUUCCAAUGGCUACAAGACAACUUCCAUUGAUUUUGUCCUCUUUAAUACAUUGCUUUGAUUGGUCUCUUGAAAAUGGUGUGGAUCCUGCCGAGUUAAACAUGACCGAAAAGUUUGGCAUAACAUUGCAAAAGGAACAUCCUCUACUUAUUGUUCCUAAAAGAAAACUAUAAUUUCAAUGGAUGUUUGUUAAGUAUGUGCCAAAGAUAUUUUCUUUAAUAAUAUUGGCAAUGACUUCAGUCUUUGCUUUAGGGAUA